AUGUCAAGCUGCAUCACCUCAAAUCCUUCCUUCGGCUUCGAAACGCUAGCAGAGGAAGUCGCGGCCGCCCUCUCUUCUUCAAUCGCCGGCAAGACCGUCCUCGUUACAGGAGUAAGCCCCGGCAGCCUAGGUGCUUACUUCUUCACCGCCAUCGCACCACACAACCCCAAACUCCUCAUCCUCGCGGGGCGCAACCCCUCCAAACUCUCCGAGACAGCCAAAGAUGUGCAGCGCGCGAGCCCGCAUGUCGAGCUUCGCACGCUCCAGCUCGACCUGAGCUCCCAAACGCAGGUGCGCAAGGCGGCGGCGGAGGUCCUCGAGUGGCCCGAACCGAUCGACGUGCUUGUCAAUAACGCCGGGAUCAUAGCUAAGACUUACCAGAAGACAGUCGACGGGUUGGAGAUGGAUUUCGGGACGAACCACAUCGGGCAUUUCCUAUUCACCAACCUGAUCAUGCUCCUCCAAUCGAAAUCGGGACCGCGCGUCAUUAACAUCACCAGUAGAGAGCACCGGCUGAACGAUAUCCGCUGGGAGGACUUGGACUUCAAGGACGGCAAGGUGUAUGACCAGUGGCGAGCCUACGGGCAGACCAAGACGGCCAACGUCCUUUUCACAGUCGCACUGGCCGAGCAGCUGGGCCCCCAGGGUCUGAGAGCUUUCUCGGUCCAUCCCGGCUCCAUCAUGACCAAUAUGGUCCAGGGCGUGUCUCCAGACGAGAUCGCUGCGUUCCAGGCCUUGAAUAAGGAGCUCGGAGUCAAAGAGGCUGCAGACCCGGCGUCGGAGUUCAAGACUUUGAGCCAGGGGACGUCGACCCAUGUGGUCGCAGCGUUCGACCCUGCACUCGAUCAGCAUAACGGCGCGUACUUGCAAGACUGCCAGCGCGCUCCAGAGGGUGAAGUCGAGCCAUAUGCAGUCAAAAGGGACAGUGCUGCAAGACUGUGGAAGCUGAGCGAGGAACUAGUUGCACAAAAGUUCGAGUACUAG